UGGAGGUAUAUAUCGAAUACUCACACCGGGAGUCUCUAUCACCCUCUACAAAACUGCCUUCCUUCAUUUCUGCUGAGGAUUUUUCAUCAAGAGGGUAGCCGAAAUGUUUUUUUUUCUCGUUUGAGUUUAUCAAAAUGUUGGAGAAAUGUCUAUUGACUCAGAGUCGCGUUCAAAGCGCAGAGCUCGGAAUCUUUGCGGAUUGACUGAAGGGGAUCCCGGAUCAAUUAUUUAUCUCCUUUCCACAUCGGAGCAAGAGUUUGCAUGCAAAAGGUGGUUUAUUUCGGCAAGAUAAGCCUCCUCCUCCUGUCCUCCAUCCCUCCUCCUCCACCAACACACCACCAUGGCUGAGACAGUUGGACCUAAGACCCCCCUAAACACUCCACGGGGUAACAACCACCCAGGGGUAACCUCCCUCCCCCCAGAGCCCAUCCAAAUCAUCCGCACCAAGGCCCGCUCCAGGAGGGUCCGCGUCAACGUCGGAGGUCUAAACCACGAGGUCCUGUGGCGGACGCUGGACCGGCUGCCCCGUACCCGCCUGGGUAAGCUCCGAGACUGCAACACCCACGAGAGCCUGAUGGAGGUCUGCGACGACUACAGCCUCCAUGAGAACGAAUACUUCUUUGACCGGCACCCGGGCGCCUUCACCUCGAUCCUCAACUUCUACCGCACAGGGAAGCUGCACAUGAUGGAGGAGAUGUGCGCCCUGUCGUUCGGCCAGGAGCUCGACUACUGGGGUAUAGAUGAGAUCUACCUGGAGUCCUGCUGCCAGGCCCGGUACCACCAGAAGAAAGAACAGAUGAACGAGGAGCUGCGGAGGGAGGCGGAGACGCUGAAAGAGAGAGAGGGAGAGAUUGAGUUUGAUAACACCUGCUGCCAGGAGAAGAGGAAGAAGCUUUGGGACCUCCUGGAGAAACCCAGCUCUUCCCUGCCUGCCAAGGUAAGAGAGGGAGGGAUUUGA